AUGGAAUCACCAGUAUGCAUGGAACUUCCAGCAUUUGAUGCUCGAUUCACAGUAUUUGCUGCUCCAGUUCUUAAAAUGCGGAUCUGUAGUCCAUUAAUUUCAACUCCCAAAUGGCUGCAAGAUAAACUGGAUUCCUUGUCAAUUGAUUUGAAACCUGAAUUGAAGCACUCAACAAAUGAUUUAAAGAAAGUUAGAGACUCUUCACUUGCUCCUUGGACUGAUCUUUUGGAUGACCCAAAGCAGUGGACUGAUUACCGUGACAGCAAACGUGAUGGGCAGGUGAAUCCUAGGUUCCCUGACUUCAAACGCAAGGAUGGGAACGGUGCCCUAUGGCUUAACAGCGCUCCAAAGUGGGUUUUAUCCAGACUCGAAGAACUGAAAUUUGAUGUUCCAGCUGUAAAAUCAAAACAAGCAAAGGACUUUACAGGUGAUGAGCCCUGGAAUGAUUUGGUCAAUAACCCUACUAAAUGGUGGGAUAACAGAAUAGAUAAGAGGAAUCCAAAAGCUCCUGACUUUAAGCACAAAGAAACUGGUGAAGUGCUCUGGCUUAAUGAUUCUCCUAGUUGGGUGUUAUCAAAGUUGCCACCCGUGAAGCCAAAAGAAAGCGCAGAAUUUGGUAGGAAGAAACUAGUUUCAUGAGCUUGGAAA